AUGCGGGCCGUACGGACCCCCGCCGUGAGUGCGGGCCCGGGGGGGGGCUGGGACCAUGACUGUGCCACCCCAGUGUCCUGCACCCGGGAGCCCCCCAGAAGCACCAUCCUACAGCUCCCUAGGACUACGGCCUGGGGGCCCAGCGUCUCAGAGACCCCCGCACCUCCUGCCCUGAAGCCUGGUGCCCAUGAGCCCCCUGACAAUCCCACCCUGGUUCCCGGUGCCCUAGAGCCCCCUGGCAGCUCCACUCCAGGGCCCAGCACCCCGGAGCCCCCCAGCAACACUGUGCCAGCCCCUACAUGUAGCUCUAUCCCAGGGCCAUGCACCCCAGAGCCCCCUGGCAGUCCUGUGCCACCCCCUAUAUGUAGCUCUACCCCAGAGCCCCCCAGCAGCCCCGUGCCACCCCCUACAUGUAGGUCUAUGCCAGGGCCAUGCACCUCAGAGCCCCCCAGCAACACCGUGCCAGCUCCCUUGUGCAGCCCCAUCCCGGAGCCCACUGACAGCACCGUGCCACCCCCUACAUGUGGCUCUGCCCCAGGGCUGUGCACCCCAGAGCCCCCCAGCAACACCAUGCCAGCCCCCCUGUGUAGCUCCAUCCCAGGGCCCAGCACUCCGGAGCCCCCCAGCAGCCCCGUGCCAGCCCCUACAUGUAGCUCUGCCCCAGGGCCGUGCACCCCAGAGCCCCCCAGAAACACCGUGCUGCCCUGCAAUUCCACCCCAGGGCCCAGCACCCUUGAGCCCCCUGGCAGCCCCGUGCCAGCCCCCCUGUGCAGCUCCAUCCCAGGGCACAGCACCCCGGACCCCCCCAGCAGCGCUCCCCCAGUACCCUGCACCCCCAAGCCCUCUGGCAUCAUCAGCUCAGUGCCUUGCACCCCAAACUCCCUGGGUAGCACCACUCUGGCACCCUACACGCCCGGGACCCCUGGUGAUGCCAGUCCAGCCUCCUGCACCCCAGGGCCCCCCGGCACCAGCUCCACCCCGCAGGAAGCUCCCUUCCAUGGCUGGCGCAUGGUGCCCACCAACCUCUCCUGCAGCCCCGUGACCACCGAGUCCUCGGCUGGAGAUGAGAGUGCAGGUCCCUCGCCUUGCCAGGACACCCCUAAGGGUACCCAGUCCCCACCCCCUGCACCCCCAGAGCAGGGACCCUCUCCCACCCAAGGAGAUAGGUCUGAGCGUGCUGGAUUGGAGGCAGCAGCCACCCCCGUCCCCUCAUCUGAGGUCACCCCGGGUGCUGUGUCCUGGAUGUUGCCGCUGGUGUGGCUGGAGAAGAGCCUCAACGCCUCGUCCCUGCUGGAGUCUCUGAGGCACAGCCUGCCCCUGCCCGCGUCGCAGCGGGAUGCCCACACUGGCGUCACCCCCGUGUCCACCGCGGUGGCCGGGACCAGCGUCACCCCCGUGUCCACCGCAGUCGCUGGGACCAGCAUCACCCCCGUGUCCACCGCGGUGGCCGGCACCUUCAUGACCCCCCGGGACCUGCAGGAGAGGAGCACGAACACAUCUGUGGAUGCCCCCCCCUCUGCCAAGGACAGCGCUGCCGAAACGGACUCCUUGCUCUGGCACUGUCCCCGGGAGCAGCUGAAGUCCUUGCCCCGGGCAGAGCUGGAGGGGCGGCUGGAGAGCACCCUCAUCAUCAUGGAAGCCCUUUCCCUCCGGCUGCGCCACUGGCAGGAGAGCCAGAGACCGCUGCUCGGCGUGGGGCCGGCCGAGCAGAGGGAUGCGCUCACCCAGACGGAUGUCACCCACCCCAAAGGGGAGGAGGAGAUCUACUGCAACCUCUACCUCAACCUGCGGAGGAAAACGGAGGCUCUGCAGCGGCAGCGGGGAGCAGAGCAGGACCUGCAGCGGGAGCUGGAGCUGGCUGCUGCAGGGAUGAGCACCUGGAGCAAACAGUGCCUCCUGUUUCGGGGCCUUAUGGAUGAUGCCUUCCAGACCUUGCAGGAUGAGCAGGGAGCCCUCUCCCAGAAGCAGGAGCAGGUGAAGGUCCUGGUGUCACGGUGUCGGGCUGUGCUGGAAAACGUGCCCGACAAGCUACGGAGCUGCCUGGAGGAACGGGAUGCCAUGAGGCAGAGAGCGGAUGAAGCCAUCCGAGCCAAGGAGGAGGGAGAUCGCUUCCUGGAGGCCUUCCGUGCCCAUGCCAGUGCCCAGAUCAGUGCCCGUGACCAGAGCCUGGCCUCCCAGCAAGAUCUGAGCACGCUGCUGGCAGAUGCCAUCAAUGAGCAGGCAUCUCUGGCUGCCAACGCUCAGUCUUUCCGGGAAUUCAUAGAUGCCACCUUUGAAAACCUGGAGGAGGAAAGGAGAGCCCUGGACGUGGAGCGAGAAGAGGUGAGGGCCCUGGUGUCCCGGUGUCGGGCUGUGCUGGAGAAUGUGCCCGGCAAGCUGCAGGGCUGCCUGGAGGAGCGGGAUGACAUGAGGCAACAAGCAGAUGAAGCUCUUCAAGCCAAGGAGGAGGCAUCCGUUCAACUGGAGGAGACCUCAGUGGCCCUGCGAGAUGCGGAGGCUCAGCUGGAGCAGCUGACGGUGGCCAACUCACGCCUCAGCACAGAUCUGACCUCCCUGAUGACAAAUCUGGCCAGCCUGGAGCAGGAGAGGGAUGCGCUGCAGCAGGAGAACGAGAAUCAGUGGGAGGAGAUAGCCCGGCUGGCACAGCAGAGGGACACCCUGCAGCGGGAGUGCAACGGGCUGCUCCAGGAGCUGCGGGAGGCCACCGAGUGCCGGGAGUUCCUCGACCAGGAGAACCGCAUGUCCCGCACGCAGCUGCUGGAGCUGGAGGCCAGGCAGAAGUCCACGCUGGCCACCCUGCAGGAGCGCAACUUGCAGUACGAGGAGCUGAUGGAGUCCCACCAGCGCUUACGGGAAGAGCAGGCUGCCCUCAGCGUGGAGCUGGAGACCACCAAGGCUGAGCUCCGGGACUUGCAGCUCAAGAGGGAGAAAGUCUCCUGGUGCUCCACAGACAUCACCGAGAGCAAGAUACGGCUGCAGGAGCUCGCCGACUGCCUCAGGGCUGCUCUGCAAGAGGAGGAUGAAGAUGCCCCAUCAAGAAGCAGAACCUGGACCCCAGCUCCACGGACACCGAGCUGGCAGACCCCAGGCCGUGCCUGGACCCCUGCGUGCCGCACACCAGCCUGCCGUACCCCGUACCGUGCCGGGGACUCCUUCGUGGGCAGCGUCCUGAAAGCGGUGUCGGGGAAAGAUGCUGAUGAAGCCUCCGGAGGUGGGAGUGUGUUCACCAAGGACAAAUCUGCCUCUACACCGAAGCCAAUGGAGCCUGAGGACGGUCUGCUGGAGAGCGUGAAGGAGCUGAGAUCUGUGGUCUCCAGCCUUGCCAUGCUGAGUUCCCGCAUCGAGGAGCUGGAGCAGAGCGAGUUCAAGGCGCUGCAGACAGAGAUCUCCGACCUGCAGCUCCAGCUGAAGACGGUGACAGCUGAGAGCCAGGAGAAGAUGGAUGCCCAGGCUGCCACCAUUGCCAAGCUGAACAAGGCGCUGAGGGGCAAGCUACAGAAUGAGAAGGAGCUGCAGGAUGUGGUGAAACGGCAGGAAGAGAAGAUGCUGCAACUCAUUGACAAGAGCGGGGAAGUCACGACGCUGAAGGAAGAGAUCUCCCAGUUAAAGCGCUCCCUCCAGCGCGCGGAGACAGAGGCCAAGGUGCUGUGGGAGGAGAUGCGGGGGCAGGAACCCAAGGUGGAUGCUGUCUAUGUCCAGGAACGAGUCAUGCUGCGGCAGGAGGUGGACAAACUGCGGCUGCUGCUCCUGGAGAAAGGGAAUGAGAACCUGCUGCUCUCCGACAAGUACCGGGAACAGGUCCGAGGGCUGGAGAUGAGACUCCAGCACGCUCAGAAAGUGCUGAGGAGCCAUGAGGAGAUGCAGGAGAAGAUGAGAGAGGUCCUGUGGGCCAUCCCUGAUGCUGCAGCUCACUGCCAGGAGUUCCCCAACCUCCUGCAGUACUUGGGCCUGAAGCUGGACAGUGGCACCAAGGAAGCCGCUGAGCCGCUGUAGCCUGAAACCUUCCUCUUCUUAAUGUUGUAAUUAUGUAUUGAAUAAAGUUUUGUUGGCUUUUUA